UGGGUAAACAGUUGGCUUUUACCUUUCGAUGGGUAUAGAUGUUUUAUUAGCGACUUCUGCGAAUAAAUGAAAUAAAUAUACAUAUAAAAUAAUCUCUCUUCAUUUGGAAUUGGGACGUCAUAUAAAAAGUAAAUCUCUGUGAUUCAAAGAACCUAAGACAUUAUGACAAGUGUUCUGUGAAUAAGUUUUAUUUGAUUUUGAAAUUACUUUAUUUUCUAGUUCAAUAUCAGUGUGACUAUAAAAUCGCAAAAUAUUCCAGAGACAGAGACACUUUCACUUUGGCGCUCAUUCCAGUCAAGUCUUAAGCCAUAAUAGUCUUCAUAGUUGAGAGCAAGAAUUCCACUUGAAGGCCGAUCUCUGUGUAUACAAGAAUACUAUUUUUUUUUAAAUAAAUCUUUUUUUUGUGAUAUCUUGCAGUUGUCUGUAGUAAUUUGAGUUUAUAGCGUAUUAUAGUCAAAAAAAUAUCGUCCAAGAUUGAAUACUUCAGGUGAUUUAUAGCGAAGAAUAAUAAAUCAAUUGGUGGAAAAUUUUCAGUGUCCAAUCUUCAAAUCGACAAGAAAAUUUAUUAUCUGCAUCUAUACACAUGUUUAAAAGGUGAUAUGUAAAUACCACCACUUGAACUGUUCACAUAGUAAAAUGAUAAAAUUGCAAUAAUUAUCGUUCGUUGCAUCUAUAAAAGAAGAAAAUACCUUGGAACUUUUCAUACGUUCAGUGUAAAUUUGUAUAUUAACUAUGAAAGAACGAAAUAAUCAUGAUGCGGAACAUCAGCAGCAAACAGAUGCCACGGAGAGGAGAAUGGGAUUAUUCAAAUUUGAUAUAGGUGUUCGGCAUUACCAGUCAGGUUUACUUUUUCUCCUCCUUCUCGUUGGAUAUGCUCUCCGAGUCAACAUGUCCGUGGGCAUUGUGGCAAUGGUCGACAAUACCACUGCGAAUCCCGACUUUGAGGAGUAUAAUUGGAAUGAGCAGACACAGUCACUCAUUCUGUCCAGUUUCUUUUGGGGCUACAUUCUUGUCCAACUUCCGGCUGGAACGUGGGCACGAAAGUUUGGCGCCAAAAUUCUACUGAGCUCAAGCAUGGGUCUAUGUUCUUUACUGACCCUCCUUACUCCCAUAGCUGCCAGUUCAGGAGGAUGGGUUGCUGUCGUCGUCUUAAGAAUACUUCUGGGAGUGAGUCAAGGUUUCAUUUUCCCCUGUGUUCAUACGCUCCUAGCUCAAUGGGUACCACCGUCCGAGAGAUCUCGAUUAGGUACCUUCGUUUACGCGGGCUCCCCCCUGGGCAAUGUUCUCAUGUUAGCCCUAUCGGGUGUUCUGGCAUCAUCCUCACUUGGGUGGCCGAGUAUUUUCUACGUAUCGGGUGUUAUCGGUGUUAUCUGGACAGUGCUCUUUUUCACAUUUGGAAGCAAUUCACCGGAAGAGGAUGCUCGUAUUACAGCUACUGAACGCAUGUUCAUUCAGGAAACUCUUGGCCAAGAAACAAACACCGAGGAGAUUAAAAAAUUUACAACACCAUGGAAGAAGAUCUUCACAUCUUUACCUUUCAUUUCACUUAUCGUGGCGCAUAGUGCUCAAAAUUGGGGCUUCUGGACAUUGCUCACCGAGAUUCCGACGUAUAUGAAGAAUGUACUUGAAAUGGAUAUAAAGAAGAAUGCUCUCUUAUCUGCUCUUCCUUACCUCGUUAUGUGGCUGGGUAGUUUUGUAUUUAGCCCAAUUUCGGACUACCUCAUCAAUAAAGGAUACCUCUCUGUUGGGAAUACACGAAAGCUCUUCAAUUCCAUUGGACUCUACUUCCCAAUGUUUGCCCUUAUUGGCCUUGGCUAUGUAACAAAGGAUCAUACAGAAAUUGCCGUAUUUCUGCUAACAUUCGGCGUGGGAAUUAAUAGUGGAACGUACGUGGGAUUUAUGCUCAAUCACAUGGAUUUGUCUCCGGUUUAUGCUGGAACUCUUAUGGGUAUAACAAAUUUCUCUGCCAACAUCAUGUCAAUUCUAGGGCCUCUCUUUGUGGGACUAAUAGUGUCUGAUGCUACAAAUCCCGUUGAAUGGAGGGUGGUAUUCUUCGUUGCGGCUGCCAUAUACUUUAUCGGUAACACUUUCUUCGUAAUAUUUGGAAGUGGAGAAAUUCAACCAUGGAAUAAUCCAGUGAGAAACAAUGGCGAUGAAUUAGAGUCCCGUGAUGCUAGUAAAUCAACCGAAACUGUGACAACAAUUAAAUAAAUUUUUACUUUUGUAUGUGUAUAUAAAUUUUUAAAUAAUAUUAAAUGUUAUGAGAACAA